GUCUCUGUGAAGUGUGCUUCAUUGAGUGUUAUGGCACCGACUACUUUGGAUAUCCGCCCGAUGAUGAGGAGAACCCUUACGAACCACAAUCUCCGCGCUCAGCCCAGUCGCCAUCUGGAGGCAUGAGCCCGAUGUCGGCUGGUCGAUCUGGAUUUAGUCCCGGGUCAAGCCCGAGAUCACCUGCGUCGCCUGUGAGGAAGACUUUCCCGCGUCAGUGCCACCAAGAUGCAUAUGGACAGAAUCUGGUCGCGCAAAUAGCCGGAGAAAAGCUCUGGCUUCUUUUUCCGCCUAGCAGCACCUGGCUCGGCCAGCACCGCCUCCCAUAUGAGGACUCCUCCACAUUUACUGAUGUGGACCCCUUGAUUCAGCUGCCGCCGGGGUGCACCGGCGUGGGCGCUAUUCUAAAGCCCGGCGAUGUGCUAGCUGUUCCGCGGCACUGGUUCCAUGCAGUCGAGUGCAUGUCGAACUGGUCCUUGUCUGUGAAUCAGUGGCUCGAUGCGGCCGGAGAUGAAGAGCAGCGGGUCCAUGAGGCCGUGGCACGAUGCCUUGCAACACCGCUGGUGGAAGCAAGGCCUGAAAAUUGGUGGCUAAACCCCGACGAGGAGCUGCUGGAGACGAGCGACAACCUCGAAUUCUUGGCGUCGGCACUCCAGGUAGCUUCUGAUGAUGACCAGGGCCCGCCAGUGGAAGCCGUGCAAGCAGCCCUACUCCGCGCGGCGACACAUCCCGAGGUGGUUUCGUUGAUCGUGCGACGUGUCAAAGAAGACCUCGCCGUGUGCCAUCAAAAGCUGCGUCCGAUAAUCGCAACCAUCCACAAGCUUGAAAUGCUUCAUUCCUGCUUGGGUUCCGAUUGCAGGACAAGGCCAUGCACGCCCCUGGCACCGCCUUCGAGAUCGGGUCGGCAGCAAGGAGCCACAGCUUGGGCACGGCUACGUGUGAGAGAGAGCUGUUCCUUGAGAAGCUCCGCAAGUGCGCUAGGUUUGUUCGCGCCGUUUGCGUGUCAGGCCUUUCUGGCUGGCAGGCGGCGCUCUCGCUGUAUCCCGACACGACAUCGGCAUCCCCGGCUAAGGCUUUUCUCGUCAGUCAUCAGCGAAGAGCAGCAGACUGCAUCUGAGGUGUUGGUGGAUUUCCAGACUUUCUGGAGAUGGAUCGUUCUUUUGGAGCGGCGUCGCCAAGGUACUCGAGUGCUGAGGACCUACCGCGAAAUCGGACGCCGGGUAAAGACCAUCAUGCGCAGGCUGCGUGCAAGGGGCGUGGAAGUCUGCUUCCUCACGGCUUCUGGAACUUCGGAUCAUCCUGCAGGUCCUGCAGGUCAUGGAGAGGAGAAGGAUGCGAUGUUCAGGCUUGCCGAGGAACAGGUGGAAGCCUCUCUUGGCGACCGCUGCGUCUGGAGGGUCGUUGACCAGAGUCCAAGCGAGCUGCUUGAAAGGCUGGUUAAAGACAAGCCCCGAUCAGCAGUUGUGGGCGAUGUGUCCGCGCUGUUUGCUCGAGCCGAAAGUCGAGCCUCUGUCUUCACCAUGGCACGGCCACGACGACCGGGUGCCCUGGAUGUUUUGGGGUCCCUGGGUAGUCGGGUGCGGGCGUCUCGCGCUUUGAGCUUUGGCCUGGCUGGCAUCCUCUUCGCCCUGUCCCUCUCGGCUUCCGAGGGCGGCUUCGGCUUCCUGGGUCCACGCCGCACUGUGUUGACAUCACUUGCGGCACCACUUGUGGCUCCGGGUGUUGCUUGGGCCGAGAGCCUCGAGCUCAAGAGUCCCAAGAGCAUCAAGGAACUGGCCGCUGGCUCAAAAAAACUGGAGGACGCGUUAAGGUUGGGGCGCCCCGUGGUGGUGGACUUCUCAGCGGCCUGGUGUGGCGACUGCAAGGCCAUGGCUCCCAAGCUACAAAAGAUCCGGGAGGAGGCAAGCAAGGAGGUGGAGUUCGUCACGCUCGACGUGUCCUUUGCAGGUCCAGGACAAGACAUGCCGUCAACCUUCCCGUACGACAAGGACACUGACAGGUGGGCGCGAAAAUUCAAGGUGGACGGUCUUCCUCAUGUUGCUUUGGUGGACUCCUCGCAUCGGGUCCAGACUGCUUUGGUAGGGGAUGUCCCCUACGACAUCAUGCAGGCUGAUGUUGAGGCCUUGCGAAAAGGCAAAGAAGUUCCUUUCGUGAUGUACGACGCCUUCAAGAACAAGCCCAGCAACGACAUCCUGGCCAACUGA